AUGGUGUGCGUGGCAGCCUCCGUGGUGACCAAGGGCGGUCGCGCCCUCGUCUCACGGCAAUACACCGACAUGGCACGCGUGCGCAUCGAGGGCCUCCUCGCGGCCUUCCCCAAGCUCAUCUCCUCGGACAAGCAGCACACCUUCGUCGAGACCGAGUCCGUCCGCUACGUCUACCAGCCGCUCGAGGGAAUGUACCUCGUCCUCAUCACGACGAAACAGUCCAACAUCCUCGAGGAUAUCGAUACGCUCCGCCUGUUGGCCAAGGUCGUGCCUGACUACGCGCCCGCGCUCUCGGAGGACGCCGUGACCGCGAGCGCGUUCGACCUCAUCUUCGCGUUCGACGAGGUCAUCUCCAUGGGCCACAAGGAGAACAUCACCGCGCAGCAGGUCAAGCAAAACACGGACAUGGACUCCCAUGAGGAGAAGCUGCACCGCAUGAUCAUGCAGUCGAAGAUCCAGGACACGAAGGAGCAGAUGAAGAAGCGCGCCGUCGAGAUCGACAAGCAGAAGAUCGAGCGGCGCGCCGCCGGCGCGCCCGGGAUGGCCGGCGUGGGCCCCGCGGCCGCCACGCCGUCGCCAGCGUACGGCGCGGCCGGGGACGCCGGGGCGGGCGGGAUCAGCCUCGGGAUCGGCCUCGGGCCGCAGUCGCGCGCGUCCGGCGGCGAGCCGGCCCUCGGCGGCGGCCCGGCGACAUCCCGCACCGGGAUGUCUCUGAAGAAGGGCGCGGGCAAGACUAUGCUGGAUUCGCUGCGCGCGGAGGGCGAGGUGCUCGAGACGGGCCCCGCGCGGCGCGCGGGCGCCGCGGCGCCCGCGGCGCACGUCGCGCCGGCGUCGGAGCCGGUGACGCUGGCGCUGGAGGAGCGGUUGAGCGCGGUGGUCGCCAACGACGGCAGCGUCGAGAGCGUGGAGAUCCAGGGGCAGCUGUCGCUGGUGGUGCACGCGGACUCGGCCGCGCGCGUCAAGGUGCAGAUGGCGGGCAACGCCGGGGCCGCGGGGGUGCAGUUCAAGACCCACCCCAACAUCGACAAGCAGGCGUACGCCGCGGAGAACGCCCUGCAGCUGCGCGACCCGAACCGGCCGUUCCCCAAGGGCACGCCGCUCGGCGUGCUCAAGUGGCGCUACGGCGGGACCGACGAGGCCAUGCUCCCGGUGGUGGUGUCGUGCUGGCCCUCGCAGUCGCCCAGCGGCGCCGUCGUGACGCUCGAGUACGAGUCGCGCGGCCUCGUCGACCUGCACAACCUCACGGUGUCGAUCCCGGCGCACACGGACCAGCAGCCGGUCGUGGCGCACGCGGACGGCGAGACGCGCUGGGAGUCGCGAAACGGAGUCUUGCAUUGGAUUGUCGAGCACGUGGACGCGAGCAACGCGUCGGGGUGCAUGGAGGUGACGCUGCCGGGCGCGGACCCGGACGGGAUCUACCCGAUCGCGGUGGCGUUCGAGUGCCGCGGGAUCGUGAGCGGCGUGGGCGUGGCGGCGGUGGUGGCGGGGGACACGGGGGAGGCGCUGAAGCACAGCCUGACGCAGGUGGCGCGCGUGGACAGCUACGAGGUGCGCAACGCCGGCGGCGCGGGGUGGUGA